AUGACGAAGCAGGCAGAGUCAUCCCCGGCCGAGGGAGAUGCCUGCUCCAAGGACAACAAUACAUCCGAGGACAAGGCGCUUGUUGAGAAGCUAGCUACUCUGAGUAUUGAAGAUGACGAGGCGGCGUCAUCCGUGGGGGAGCCUUGUUCUAGACGAGCACCUCCUCAGCCUAGCUCAUCAGCAUCGUCAUCAGCAUCGUCAUCAGCACCGUUAUGCGCAUCGCCAUCGCCAUCGCCCUCGCCAUCGGCGUCAGCCUGCGAGAAGCGACGUUGCAUUGCGUGCAUGACGGACUAUCCGGCAUCCGAAACCAUGCACUGCCCCUGCUCACACGACUAUUGCCGCGUCUGCAUCACCGAGCUGUUCGAGGCAGCAAUCACUGACGAGUCUCUGUUCCCUCCUCGGUGCUGCAGCCAACCCAUCCCCCUGGCUCGCGACAACACGUUUUUCCCCGUCGAGCUGAUUGCGCGGUUUAGAGCCAAGGAGGUUGAAUUCGACACAUCCGACAGAACAUACUGCUACCGGCCCACCUGCUCGACCUUUAUCCCGCCGGCUCUCAUUCAGGGGGACGUGGCCACGUGCGUCGGCAUGGAAUGCAAUGCCAAGACAUGCACCAUCUGCAAGGGACCAAGCCACGACGAUGACUGCCCCAAGGACCAGGCAACAACGGAACUUCUGCGGACUGCGAUGGAGAAGGGGUGGCAGCGAUGCUACCUGUGCCGAACAAUGGUGGAGCUGACUACCGGCUGCUACCACAUGACCUGUCGUUGCGGAGCGCAGUUUUGCUACCUCUGCGGCGUCAAGUGGAAAAAGUGCGAGUGCGUUCAGUGGGAAGAGGACCGGCUGGAGGACCGCGCCAACGUCAUUGUAGAUCGAGAGCAGGCGGAAAGAGCCCGGGUUUUCGAGAUGAUGCAAAGAAGGGCUCUGGUGAACAUUGCAAGACGCAACCUGGUGAACAACCAUCAAUGCCGUCACCGGCGAUGGAGAACUCUCAGGGGGAAGAACCGUUGCGACGACGACCCUUCCUCCCCGAUUGAGCCACGGCAGCUCGACUUCUUGUCGCCUGCUCUCCUCACUCCAACUCGAGUUCUCGACAAACCCCCUGCUGCAAACCCCCGCGGGCCUAUUUUCGACACCACCAUCAUCACCUUGCGGGCCAUCGUCUAA